UCCACCGCGAGCCUACAUCUACCCGCUCCGCUGGCCUGAAACUCUCGUCAGGUCUCACGGGUUCAGCUCAGGCGGCCCUUUCGUCGUCGGCCAACGGGCAUUGCAGAUUUCUUGAUGCGCAACACAUCUCUUGAGCAGUCAUGUCCGUGCCUUAGCUAGUUCCCUGUGGUUUAAUCUCCUGAUGGAGCCACCGUAUUCCUCCCGCUACCAGCUUCACGGUUCUGCUUCUCCCAUGACAUGGCGGCUCUGUCUCUUCCUGCUGCUUGUUCUUCAGAGCUGCUGCCGCUCGGCGCUUUCGGCCUCGCCGUAUCUUGUCGGCAUGGGCAGCUACGACAUAACAGGGCCUGCCGCAGACGUCAACAUGAUGGGGUACGCGAGCGCCGAGCAGAUCGCGGCAGGGAUCCACUUCAGGCUCAAGGCGCGCGCGUUUAUCGUCGCCGAGCCUGAUGGCAAGCGUGUCGCGUUCGUCAAUCUUGAUGCCUGCAUGGCGUCGCAGCUUGUGACCAUAAAGGCACUUGAGAGGUUAAAAGCAAGGUAUGGUGGUCUUUACAACGAGAACAAUGUGGCUAUCAGCGGAAUCCACACUCAUGCUGGGCCAGGAGGUUAUUUGCAGUAUGUGGUUUAUAUUGUCACAUCUCUUGGUUUUGUUCGCCAAUCCUUUGAUGUAAUCGUCAACGGCAUUGAGCAAAGCAUUGUCGAAGCUCACAAUAAUCUCCGUCCUGGGAAAAUAUAUGUGAACAAAGGUGACCUCCUUGAUGCUGGUGUAAACCGCAGCCCUAGCGCAUACCUAAACAACCCAGCUGAUGAAAGAAGCAAAUAUCAGUACAAUGUUGAUAAAGAAAUGACCCUUAUCAAGUUUCUAGACAACGAACUUGGUCCACUUGGGAGUUUCAAUUGGUUUGCAACCCAUGGAACAUCAAUGAGUCGUACAAAUUCUUUGAUAAGUGGCGAUAACAAAGGUGCAGCUGCACGUUUUAUGGAAGAUUGGGCAGAAGAAAACGUCAGCCCAAAUCAGGCUGCUCAUGUAAGCUCUGGAAAUCCGAGAAGAGUCUCUGCACUAGUUUCUGAACCCAAUGAGAUAACUGAUGACUUAAUACGAUUAGCAUCAUCCUACAAGGCCUCAGGUGGAAGGGAAAUACCAAGUUCAAGUAUUACCAGACGCAUUAGGAGCACUCAACAAAAGAAGCCUAAAUUUGUUUCUGCAUUCUGCCAGUCAAAUUGUGGAGAUGUUAGUCCGAAUGUCUUGGGAGCAUUUUGUAUAGACACUGGCCUUCCUUGUGACUUCAAUCACAGUACAUGUAAUGGCAUGAAUGAACUGUGCUAUGGUCGAGGCCCAGGAUAUCCAGAUGAAUUUGAAAGUACCCGUAUCAUUGGCAAUAGGCAAUUUCUCAAGGCUGUUGAUCUUUUCAAUUCAGCAUCUGAAGAAAUACAAGGAAAAGUUGACUACAGGCAUACUUACCUAGAUUUCUCGCAACUCGAAGUGAAUGUUCCUACAAGUACAGGAGAUCAGCAGUCAGUGAAAACGUGUCCAGCGGCCAUGGGGUUUGCCUUUGCUGCUGGAACCACAGAUGGUCCUGGAGCUUUUGAUUUUAAACAAGGAGACACCAAGGGAAACGCUUUCUGGAGGUUAGUACGAGACGUAAUUAGGCCACCAGGGCCAGAACAAGUGAAAUGUCAGGCUCCAAAGCCAAUACUUCUAGACACCGGGGAAAUGAAGGUUCCAUAUGAUUGGGCACCUGCGAUUCUUCCAAUUCAGAUUAUAAGAAUCGGUCAGCUGGUUAUCUUGUGUGUCCCUGGAGAAUUCACAACAAUGGCUGGGAGGCGGCUGCGUGAUGCUGUCAAAAAUGUACUUACAAAGAGUGGUCAAUUUCAUAACAAUAUUCAUGUUGUUCUUGCGGGGCUAACAAACACCUAUUCCCAAUAUAUUACAACUUUUGAAGAAUAUCAGAUGCAAAGAUACGAGGGAGCAUCAACGUUGUAUGGCCCUCACACCUUGAGUGCCUACAUUCAAGAGUUUCAGAGACUUGCUACAGCUAUGGUCUCAAACGAAGAGGUCCCAACAAAUUUGCAGCCUCCUGAUAUGCUGAACAGGCAAAUUGAGCUACUCCCAGGUGUUAUAGUCGACGAGGCACCUCCUGGCGUCACGUUUGGAGAUGUCAGUUCAGAUGUUCCUGCGAACUCAACUUUCAGGAAGGGCAGCGUAGUGAACGCUACAUUCUAUUCAGCCUGCCCAAGGAAUGACCUUCUCACUGACGGUACCUUCGCACUCGUUGAGAAGCUGGACGGCAGCAACGAUUGGGUUCCUGUCUAUGAUGACGACGAUUGGUCGUUGCGCUUCAAGUGGUCGAGGCAUUUACCAUUGAGUCCAAUCAGUUUUGCGACGCUCGUGUGGACAAUUCCUGAAGAUGCCCCAUCGGGUGUUUACAGAUUCAGGCAUUUUGGUGCGUCCAAGCCGCUGAUUGGGUCUGUAAAAUAUUUUACAGGGACCUCUAGUGCAUUUGUAGUACGUUAAGGGUCAACUGCGAAAUUUACAUCAACCAAAAUAUGCACAUAUUUUCCCUUUGGUUUUUAUAUGUAGUCGAUGCUAAUAACGUUACCAAGUCAUUUUACCAAUGUUCUUGUUGGAAAUACAUGUACUAUUCUUAUAUAAAAUUUCACUAAGGGGCAAAUUUCAUUAAUAACUGCCA